GUCACGUGAGGGCGCAGCAUUGACGCACAGAAGGGUUCUCCUGUCUACAAGAGGGUGCACAGAGGGACACAUGGACCGCCAAAGCUGGAGUAACUUCACAGAUUGGUCUGCAGGGCAGCGCGCGCACACAAGGAGCAGGAGAAAGAAGUUUGGACUCAGCGGCGCUUUACUCCACACACAGCUUCUUCUCUUUCCCUUUAAUGUGAGGAACAGUUCAGCAGACAUCAGCGAUGUUGGAGCCGGAGGAGAGUAAGAUCUCAGUGUGGGUCUGCCGGGAGGAGAAGCUCGUCUUCGGACUGUCGAGGCGCACAACCUGCGCGGAUGUUGUCAAAGUGCUUCUGCAGGACCAGGACUCCCAGAACGGCCUCUCUGCAGCCUCGCUCUCCGGGGGAGCACCGGCUUACUGCAUCGUGGAGAAAUGGAGAGGCUUCGAGAGGAUUUUACCAAACAAAACAAAGAUCUUACGGCUAUGGGUCGCGUGGGGAGAGGAGCAGGCGAACGUGAAGUUUGUGUUGGUAAAGAGCGAAGCGUCUUUGGCGAAACACGGGGCUCGGAGCGCAGAGGCGCGCGUUGUGCCAAGCAAACACGGCCCCUGUGCCAUCAAGGGGACUGCACGUUCUCCCAUGGCUGGCAUUUCCCCAGAGAAACAGCGUCGGAUUGUGAGGAAAGCUUUCAGGAAGUUGGAGAAGAUGAACAAAAAGAGGACGCGUGAGGAACACAAGGACGCGUCCUCGGCGGAGAGGAUGGAGACUCUGGUUCAUCUCGUGGUUUCUCAGGAUCACACAAUCCGCCAGCAAGUUCAAAGGAUCACUGAGCUGGAUUCAGAGAUCGAGAGGCGUGAGGCAAACGUGCAUUUUGACAGAAUGAAGAGACAUGGGGUAAAUUAUGUGCAGGACACGUAUUUAGAGGAUGCUGCCUCAGUCUCGAGACAGGACGGGGACAUGCUGUGCUCAGCUGAGACUCUUGAAAAGUAUGAGGUGUAUGUCCGGCAGUGUGAUGAGGUGUUCCGACUCCAAGAGGAGCUGUGGGAGCAGGAGGCUCUUAUAGAAAUCAUCACGCUGCAGAUGCAGGAGGAGCUGAACCAGCGCUGGAUGCAACGGAGGACAGAGGAGCUGAAGAGACAAGACGCAGAGCGCGCAGCGUCCCUAAUCUGCACAGAGGCGGGCACGGAGUCAGAAAACGAGCUCCUGUUGAAAGAGGAGAGGGUCAGGACGCAGUUAGAUGCGAGUUUAUACAUCGGUCUGCGCCUCAGCACGGAUUUGGAAGCUAUUAGGAGCGAUUUAGUGCUGACGGAGGAGAUUUGCGCAGCGAGGGAGAAGGAAAUGAGGGAUUUACUGGAGAAAGUGAACACUUUGGACAUAGAGGAUGGGACAGACAGAGAGGGGCGAUGUCAGCACGGGACAGAUGAUGAAACGGGGAGGAUGAGCACUUUGGAGGAGAAGAGUGAGUGGGUGGAGCAGGCCAGGGGUCUGUCAAAAGCUCACAGCGUGAACGAUGACGACUCAGACACUGGCUUAAGUUCUCUGCACAGUCAAGACUCAGACAGCCAGCCAGUGUGGGAGUCUUUGGUUUAGACUUUCACAUUCAAUUUAUCAUUUUCUAACUAGCAAAUGAACUUCAGCCUCAGGGAUCAUAAUGCUCUAAAGUCAAUGAAAUUCACUUUUAUAAUCCCAAGUGGUGAAUUCAAAGGGAUAUUUUCUUUGUAUGGCAUCAUGUUAAUCCCCACAUGUUCCUAUAUUUUUUUUAUAUCCUUCUUAAUCUGGUUUUAGAGCUUCAGUUCUUUUUUGGUAGGGUGAUAAGUGUUAAUCUCUCCAAGAAAGUUGCAGUUUGACAUAAAAAUAAAACUGCUUCCAAAGAUUAAGUUCACUUGCUCCCCGUUGUCUUUACACUGACCCAGAAACUGUGAAGUGAUAUAAACGUCCAUGUUUAGGUCAGGAGAGCAGGGUUAAGAGAUGAGGUGAGAUCAACACAUCAGCAAUAUGACUGUGUGGUAAAAAAGCAGAUAAUCUCAACAAUCCCUGCUACACUUAAACACACGGCUCCAGCACACAAAACACAAAGAUGUAACGUGUGUGAGAUAAUACUCUGAAUCAGGGAGAACGUCAUCUCAGCUUUCACUGUGACCCAGACACUGAGAGAUGAAGAAAACCUCUGCAGACAAAACAAGACGAGAAGUCAAAACAGAGACAAACUGAAGCUCUGUGAUUCUGCACAGAAACAAUCAGUCACAGAUGAUAGUGACGGUUUAUCAGAGAGACACAAUGAGUCCUUUAUGUCCCAAAUGAUUAGUGCAGACAUCUAAGUGCUGAACCUGGUCAGGGUAUAAAUAUGAGUCCUUCAAAAGUUUAAGGUAAGCUUCUUAAGGCCAGCUGCUUUAAAAAUGAAAAUUAAGGGAAUAUCAUGAAAAAUUAUUCUGUUAAGACACAUGUUUAUGUAAUCUAAGCAGUUAUGCUUGAUCAGGAAGAACUUAUCUAAUUUUCCUUAAUUCUCAAAUUCCCCUUAAUGCAAUA